CUCUUUCAAUAGGUCAUGGAGACCAAAAACAUGCUCUAUCUAGUCACAGAAUAUGCCAGGAAUGGAGAGAUAUUUGAUGACGACCCAAUAACACCUGAUCCCUGUCUGGCAACACAGACUACCUGGCCAGCCGCGGGCGGCUCAGCGAAAUGGAUGCGAGGAGGAAGUUCUGGCAGAUCCUCUCAGCGGUGGAGUACUGCCACGAACGCAAUAUUGUUCACAGAGACCUGAAGGCUGAAAACUUGUUACUGGAUGCUCACAUGAAUAUGAAGAUAGCAGAUUUUGGCUUUGGAAACUUCUUCCGUCCUGGAGAACCCCUGACCACUUGGUGUGGGAGCCCCCCGUAUGCGGCUCCAGAGGUGUUUGAGGGACAACAGUAUGAGGGUCCGCAACUGGACAUCUGGAGUAUGGGGGUGGUUUUGUACGUGUUAGUGUGUGGUGCUCUUCCAUUCGAUGGUCCUAGCCUUCCUGUCCUCAGACAGAGGGUCCUGGAGGGCCGUUUCCGCAUCCCCUACUUCAUGAGUGAGGACUGCGAGCACCUGAUCAGGAAGAUGUUGGUUCUAGAUCCAGCCAAGCGUUUGUCCCUGAGUCAGAUCAAAGAGCAUCGCUGGAUGGUGCAGGAGGUCCCGUCCCAGCGGCCCGUGCUGUAUAGACAGGGUCUGCCAUGUGAGAGCAAAUCAGGCUUGGGUGAAUACAGUGAGCAGGUGCUCCGACUCAUGCACAGCCUGGGCAUCGACCAGCAUAAGACUAUUGAGUCUCUUCAGAACAAAAGCUAUAACCACUUUGCUGCGAUCUACUACCUGCUUGUGGAGCGGUUGAAAGCGCAUCGCAGCAGUUUCCCUGUGGAACAGCGUUUGCACGCCAACCAGCGCCGCCCUAGCACCGUCGCUGAGCAGACUGUUGUCAAGACCAUCGCGGUUCCUUCUCAUGCGGGCAUCCCGCCGCAGGCAGCGAGUCACCUGUGUUCGCCUGUUCUGUUGCAGUCCACUACAGACACAUUUACCUUCCCACAACCCCCUGUUUUCCCAGAUCAGACGCUCAUGGAGGAAGACGUGGCCACUCCCAAGGUGGAUGGCUGCUUACUGGACCCGCUUCCUCCAGUCGUUGUCCGCAAAGUCAGUGGCUCGCUGCCUAGCAACAUUAUGGAGACGUCCAUUGAUGAGGGCAUUGAGGCAGAGGAAGAGCAUGCUGUGCCCCUUGCCGCCUUUCAUACAGCUCGCUUCAGUCAGCGCCGGCAUACACUGUCUGAGGUCACCAACCAACCUGCUGUGCUGCCCAUUACAGGUCUGAACCCAUCCCUCGGCAGCAUGGACUCAGAGUACAGCAUGGGUUCAACUCAAAGUGAUUUCAGUUUGCCUGAAGAGAAUCCAGCUCUAAAGGAUGUAUUAAGCACUACACCUGCCAGCCCCACAGCUCCAGUCUUCCUGGGCAUGAAGCCCCCUGAGCCCAGCCUCAACACGGAGGGGCAGAGUGCUCAUAAUCACUCACUAGUCAGUUUCAGAGAGGGGCGAAGGGCUUCAGACACGUCUCUCACUCAAGGUUUAGUGGCAUUCAGGCAGCACCUCCAGAACCUGGCCAGAACCAAGGGUUUCCUGGAGCUGAACAAAGCCCAGAUAGUGUUAGGAGAUGGUGGAGCAGGCGAUAAACCCACCAGUCCCCAUGAGCUCCUAGAGCUUCACCACCCAUUCAGCCACCAGGGAGAAGGACGCCAAUGUCUAAGUGGAAAAGAUACGUCGACAUUCACUGGUAAAAUGCACCCUUAUCUGCUAUCCAGGAGACAAAGUUUGGAGACACAGUACCUCGCUCAGCGACUACAGAGGGCCAGUCAGUUGGCAAGUGGUCUUGGAAGUGGACAGAUGUUUUGUAAAGAGGCUGCACCGCGCACUUUAGAGCAACAACUCCAGGAGCACCGACUGCAGCAGAAGAGGCUCUAUCUCCAGAAGCAGUCUCAGGUACAGGCUUACUUCCACCAGAUGCAGCUGGCUGAGGAUGCUUACCGCCCUCCCCAGGACAGCAGAGACCCCCAGAACAGCAGCGUUCCCUUAUCCAGCCCUCCCUUCACACGGACCCUAACUCCUUUUCUGGAGCCUGGCACUUCAUCCCUGACAUACGUCCCCAAGCCUGCCCAUUUCCCAGACUGGCCUCCACCGCCAGACAACUGCACAAACUACACCCCAUCCCUCCCUACAGAGCCCCUGUACGCGUGGAGUCCUGCCCCGCCACCUCUCCCACCACGCAAAGCAGAAAGCCCUUCGGCACAACCUGCACCUGAAGCCACCUUCCUAGACUGUGAGAUGAUGGAGACCGUAGAGGCCCCACAGGGCUGUGUACUCGUAAACUAAAUGUGAAAUAAAGCACUCUGAGGCUGGCUCUCAGGCAUAAGAUGUGGCGAAAAACGCCCUCAGGGACGAACAAGACGCCAUGGUUUGUGUCACAUCUUAUAAACCUACAGAACUGUGGUAGACCAUUACAGAACUUCAUUUUCAGAGAUGUUUGUGAGAUACGCUAGUGUCCUGAAAUGUUUUUUGUUUGUUUUUUCUGGUAAGCACAGAUUAAAUGUAGUGCAGCAACCAUAGAGUUUAAGAAUCAGUAUUAAAGCAAUAUUCCUUUUCCUAUAUAAUACUCUAGAGUUCUAUGAGUUUGAGUGUUUUUAUUAGUUUGUUUCAUCCUUAAAUGAUCAGUAGCUACUCAAGUUUUCCUUAUUAGUAUUGUCUGAUUUUAAAUAAUAGAUAUAAUCAACAGAGAAAUGUGUAAAUAUUAGUACUUAUCUAAGGGAUAAAAAAAAGAAAUAAUGUUAAAGUCAACAUGAAACAGCAUUGAGUCUAUUUUCCUGAGUGAUGAACCUCUGAAUGAAAGACGAGAACAAAAUAUAGAGUCAGACCUAAGUUUAAAACAUUGCCAACACUUUACAAUAAUUAGGUAUCAAACUGCCCAGAAAAUAAACAACUAUGAACAAACAAUAAUUUACAGCAUUUAUCAAUCAACAUUGAUUUUAA